UAAAAAAAAACACACUUUAAACUUCAGACUUCCGGAAACACUUCCGGGAAUAGACGCAGAGAGUAAACAAAUGUCAAGUGUAGAUUAUCGCUACAUUUGGGACUGGUGUAAAAAAUAAAUGUAACUUGCAAUAACAACUGAACAAAAACAAAUCUAAAUAGGCCAACUAAACAUCACCAGGCAGGAUCCGAGGGCGGACGGGCUACUUUUGUUUCCUCCGCGUGGAAUACAAGUAACAAGGAGCAUGGCCAGCAGGACUCUUCGGGUCCUCUGCCAUUUUUCCAGGUCUGGUUCCCAAUCAGUGACUCCUUCAGCUAAUUAUUUUAGCUGUAGACUUGCAAGCAGAGGGAUCGGCAGGGCAUGGAAGGGACACAAUCCCGAGCACGGAGACACGAAAUCAAACGGGCCUACAUCCGGAGAUGAUGUUGCUGACGAUGGAGACGUGGAUCUGGAAGAUGUGGAGGAGAAGUUCCAGGCAUUUUUCGACAAAGAAAGGAAGGCACAGAAGACUGUUAAGUAUCACAUAAUGAGGAGAAAAAUGACUCCAGCAGGAGCUCCAGAAAGGAGGUUAACCUGGGAGGCUAUUGAUCAAAUUAGAUAUCUUAAGAACAAUCAGCCGGAUGAAUGGUCUGUCGAACGCCUCGCUGAGGGCUUUUCUGCCACCCCUGAAGAAAUCCGGAGAGUCCUCAGGAGCAAGUUCAUGCCAUCUCCUGAUAAAAAGACCAAGCAGGAUGCUAAAGUGAUGGCUAGACUUGGCUUGCAGAGUCUGCCUCCAGGUGCAGGGACACAGCAGGACAACUUGAAAAAAUUACCAGGGAACCACAAGUCAACCAUGCUCCCAUCUGGGGGUAAAAACAGUUUAGUGCCCUCGUCUGGUCAGACUCCAUUGGUAAAAUAUGAUGCCUCGAGGUCCCUUGUUCAAAUUCCUGCUUCUGUUAAUGCUCCUUCACCUCAGCUGAAAACUCAGGUGGCUGAAGAUGCUGCUGUGAUCAGAACAGCAGAGAGCACCACAGAAAAAAGUCCCACAGAGGAGGACGAAUGGAGCUGGGACGGGCAGGUGUUGACAGAAGAACAACUAUCAGACUUGCUGGAGGAAGUAAAAAAUCCCCCACCUGUUCAGAAGAUUGGGAACGAUUACUUUGACGCAGAAGGAAACUUUUUGUAUCGAAUCUGAAAACAUUGGGUUGGAUGACUGUGUUUUUACUCCAAAUUAUCACUAACUCUGAUUUACCAAAUUGUUUGGUUUUCUCUAUUUGUAAAAAGAAAGGAAGCAUAUUACCAAAAUAAAUGUUAAAGAAAUAA